AUGAUCGAUAUUGGAAAUGAAAUUAAUAAAAUUUAUCAAAUUAAUACACCGAUGGACAAAUUAACUGAUAAAGAGGAACAACGUUUUCAAAGAACCAAGUUCUGUCAAAAAUGUUCAAAACAUUUUAAAAACAAUAAUUUGGUUAAAGUUCGAGAUCACUGUCAUUUUACUGGCAAAUAUAGGCAAUGUCUCUGUCUUCAAUGUAAUUUCGAAAUAACUAGUCCAUCGUUCGUUCCAAUAUUCUUUCAUAAUUUAUCUUAUGAUAGUCACUUCAUAAUUCGGGAACUAGGUUGCGAUGAUAAAGAUAUUCAUAUUAUUCCUAAUUCAUCGGAAAAAUAUAUAUCCUUUAGCAAGGAAAUCGCACCUAGAUUUAGUAUUAAAUUUGUCGAUACAUUCCGUUUUAUGAGUGAGUCGCUAAGUAAACUUGCAGCCAAUUUAUCUGAAGAUAAGUUGAGGUUUAGAGAAACCCUAAAAAUAUUUUCAAUCAAAUCAUUAGAUUUAGUUACACGGAAAGGAGUCUUCCCUUACGAAUAUGUCGAUAGUUGGAGUAAAUUAGACAAUGCUUUUUUACCAUCAAAGCUUGAAUUUUAUAACUCGUUAACAGAUGAACAAAUUAGUGAUGAAGAUUAUAGACAUGCAAAAAAUGUAUGGAAUACAUUUGACGUAAAGACUUUGGGUGAAUAUAGCGAUCUUUAUUUAAAAACUGAUGUUACCAUACUAGCUGACGUGUUCGAAAAUUUUAGAGACAUAUGUUUAUCUACUCUCAGAAUAGAUCCUGCUCAUUAUAUGACUGCCCCUGGAUUUGCUUUUGAUUGUAUGCUUAAGUAUACAAAGGUUAAAUUAGAGAGGUUAAAGGAUUAUAAUAUGUUACUCUACUUCGAAAAAUCAAUCCGAGGCGGUAUUUGUCAAUCAACUAAAAGAUAUGCUAAAGCAAACAUACCAAAUAUUGAAGGAUUGGACUAUAAUUCGAAUGAACCGAUUACUUGGAUUACAUAUCUCGACUGUGUAAAUUUAUAUGGAAAGUCUAUGUUGACAGAACUACCUUUUAAAGAUUUUGAAUGGGUUGAUGAUCUCGACAUAGAUGUAACUAAAAUUUCUGAAGAUUCUGAAGUAGGAUAUAUAUUAGAAGUUGAUAUCGAGUACCCUAAACAUUUACAUAAAACCCAUAAUGAUUUUCCGUUUUUACCGUUUAACGAAUGCCCACCAAAUUCGAAAGUUGAGAAAUUGUUAACUACUCUAUCACCGAAAAAAAACUAUAUUGUACAUUACAAAAAUUUAAAACAAGCGAUUUCUCACGGUCUUAAAUUAGUAAAAAUUCAUCGAGCUAUCCGCUUUUCACAAAAAAAAUGGAUGGCAUCAUACAUUGAGUUCUGUACAAAAAUGAGAGCAGAAGCAAAAAAUGAGUUUGAAAAAAAUUUCUGGAAGUUGUUAAUUAAUAGCGUUUUUGGUAAAUGUAUGGAUAAUGUCCGAGCAAGAACUUCUAUAAAACUGGUUUCAUCAGAAAAAAAAGCGAAUAAACUAAUGACAAAAACUAGUUUUAAAGACAGAACUAUAUACUCUAAAAAUCUCAUGGCUAUUCACCAACAUAAGGAAACUAUUAAAUUCGAUAAGGCAAUUUAUGUAGGAUUUGCAAUUUUAGACGUUUCGAAAACAUUUAUGUACGAUUUUCACUAUAAUGUCAUGAAGAAAAGGUAUGGUACUAAAAUUAGUUCUUUAUACUCGGAUACUGAUUCCUUGAUAUACGCUAUUCAAACUACAAAUUUUUUCAAUGAUUUAAAAAAUGAUUUAUUACCAUAUUUUGAUACAUCUAACUAUCCCAAAGACCAUUAUUGUUUUAGCGAAUUACAUAAAAGUCAGCCAGGCUUUUUCAAGGAUGAAUUGAAAGGAAUUAUACUUAAAGAAUUCGUUUCAUUAAGACCGAAAUUAUAUGCGUACAAAACUGUAGACGGUACUGAGGAAAAAAAAGCAAAAGGCGAUAAAUUAACUCACAGGGUCAUGAAUUUUAUCCAAUCAAACAAACAUGUUGUUCAAUCGAAAACAAUGAACAAACUUGUUCUAAGCGCUAAUGACGAUAAACGUUAUAUAAAUGACGACGGGAUAAAUACUUUGGCUUAUGGUCACUACAAACUAGAUAAAUUAUAUAAUUAA